AUGGCAGAAGCAGCAAAAAAGCUCUUGCAAUACAUUGGAGAAGAUCCAGAACGAGAUGGCCUUGUUAGGACCCCCGACCGAUAUGCUGAAGCGUUGCUAUUUUUUACCAAGGGAUACUCAGAAGAUAUCCAUGAAGUCGUCAAUGAUGCUAUCUUUGAGGUGGAUCACCAGAAUCUGGUUCUUGUGAAAAACAUUGAGAUCUUCAGCAUGUGUGAACAUCAUAUGGUACCCUUUAUGGGAAAGAUACACAUUGGGUAUAUUCCCAAUAACCACGUUCUGGGUCUUUCAAAAUUGGCUCGCAUCACAGAAAUCUUCGCUCGCCGAUUACAAGUGCAAGAGCGCCUUACACAACAAGUGGCCAAUGCAAUCAACCAAGUGCUACAGCCCAAGGGUGUGGCAGUAGUUGUCGAAUGCGUUCAUAUGUGUAUGGUGAUGAGGGGAAUACAAAAGACAGGUGCGAUGACCACCACUUGCAGCAGGAUUGGACUUCUACAAGAUGAUCAAGAGACAAGAGAAGAGUUUAAUACAUUACUCAAUGUGAGACAGUAA